UAUAUAUAUAUAUAUAUAUAUAUGGAGAAUUUAUAUAGCUGACCACAUCGCACUAUUCAAAUACAGAAUGCCAGCCACUAUUUCAACUCUACAAAGUCGUGUAAACCUUAGUGAGGAGAUUGUAAGCUGUAGCUGAUUUAUGCAUAUAUAUGCACUGUGUGGCCCGCUGUGUUUACUUGACACGUGAUAUGCUCCUACUCGUUCAACUAUCUGUUGCCAGUUUCGAUUUCAAGAUUGUCUUAACGUGAAGUUUGUGUGAUUGGUAAUUGUCGUCUGUUGCUUUGCCUUAUAAAUUUAAGUACAUUGUGUGGGCUUGCUGGGUCGUCGACUCACCUUUUCUUUUGUUCUCCUUUUCAGCCCUCAUCACUUACGCUACUCUGAAUGCUCCCUUAGUACACAAAGUACUUUCUGGUCAGACGCGAAUUGCUACAGACAAACGUUGAAAUUUGUUUCAUACCUAUGAAUCUAAAUAACGCUCAAAAAGAUGUGAAUCUAGAAACUGGUGAAGAAAUUAAGCGUAAUGAGUAUCGUAAAAUGGGCACGUAUGACUUCGUGCGGCGUGAUAUUGAGAAAUAUUUCGCACAUCCGGAAGAAGCGCUCGUAGCUCCUGAAUUAGCUCAACCUCAGCUGCCUAAACCACCACCUGAAUUCGUUCGAAAUGUAUGGGGCUCUGCCGCUGGAGUGGGCAGUGGGGACUUUCACAUUUAUAGAGGGAUUAGACGAAGAGAAUAUACUCGUUUAGAAAUGAUUGAAAAAACUGCAGAAGAGGAACGUUUAGACAGAGAGUUCCAAAUGAAGCAAAAAGCAUUAAAUGAUCUAGCUGCUGAAAAAACUGCUAGAAAGCGUGCUAAGCGUCAAAUGAAGAAAGCAAAACGAUUAAAUAAAAAAAAACUGAAAUCAAAGUCAAAAUCUAAAUCUGGUGAAAACAGCGAUCACUCAGAUGAGCGGUUAGAAAAUUCUGAGCAAACAGAAAGUAGUGAAUUUAAUAAAAUUUAACGGUCGAAUUAUAAAUUUCACAUCAUUGCUCUUUCUAACUCAUCCAUUAAAUUUGUACGUAAUA